GACAAGUGCCAAGAUGAGUUUGGAUCUUCCGCGUCGUCGACUGGGAAGGAUUCGAUGUUUACAGCAAUGUAUUUUGUGCUUUAAAGAAAAAAGACGGCUUCCAGAGUCUCUGUGCUAUGUACCAGCUCGUAUAGAAUUUAAGGCAACCGGCAGUUUUAAAGUAUAUGCCUUCGAAAAACCAAGCAAGCAAAGUGGCAAAGUGACAGAAAUUUUGUGUGAAAGUGACACUAGAAUUGUUGGUUCUGGAGAAGAAUUUUGUAAUUCAGAAGGACAGUGGAUAAAGAUAAUUGAGUAUUACAGUAAAAAAUCCAGAGAUAAAAGAGAGACAUUAGAAAAGGAAGCAUGGGCCUUGCUAUUUAAUAAUGCCAGUUCAAAUGAAGAGGAACCUUCACUUAUACAAGUGGAACAGGAAUACACAAAGCCAACACCAAAAGAGUUAAUAUUUGGAUGCAAGCCAAAAGUUAUAGACAGGUGGGAAGAUGUAGUAGAAGACAGUUAUUCUUUGAGGUGUGGCCGUGUCACAGAAGUUGCACCUCCAGAUAUGGAGGCUGUUAAAAGACUACAAACAAUUCCCCCAAAUUGGUCUAUAGACUAUGAUGAAGAGUUAGUGAAAUUUUUAACAGAACACGCUGAACCUGAUAAUGACCACUUGGGCAGUGUACGGAAUUAUGUAGAAUCCAUUGAAGUCUCUUCUUUCUGUGAUGAUGAUGGCUGCAAUAAUUUAACCGAUGGAGAUUCAGACACAUUUUGGGAGAGUGAUGGUAACCAAGGGCAGCAUUGGAUACGACUUAAAAUGAAAAAAGGAACUGUGAUUAAAAAACUUUUAUUAACUGUUGAUGGCAGAGAUGAUAACUAUAUGCCCUACCAUAUCAUAGUGAUGGGAGGAGAAGGGGACAAUCUUAGUAAACUUGAAGAUAUACACCUGGAUCAGAAUAUGAAUGAUAUGAGUGAUGUGUGUGUUUUAGAAAAUAUGCAGGAGCAUUAUCCCAUCAUCGAGAUCAGGAUAAAGGAAUGCAAAGAUGAUGGCAUAGAUACAAGAAUUCAUGGCAUAAAGAUCAAGUCUAGCAAAGAGAGGGACCUGGGACUCAGCAAGGACUUGUUUUCUUCACAGGAUCUGGUGAGAUAUCCUAAACUGGAAAAUGUAGCUGCAGAUUUGUUGUAUAGGAGGGCAAUUGGUCUUCAGAGGUUUAUCACAAUAGUAGACAGCACCUUGCCUUUUAUCCUUCCAGCCUGGGAGUACUCUGCAGGCUCUUUUAGCUCUCUUGAGGUUGUGCGGCAGCUUUUACCUUUAUCCAAGAAGAGAUUAGGAUUAAUAGAAACCUUCCUUAGAGAAUCGGAGACGGGGGUUCCUUCCAAUAUGCCAAAACUGUACAUAAAUCGACGAGCUGCAAUGGAACAUCGCCAAGACCCUUCUUUAGAUCCUGAGUACAAAAACUCUGUGUUUUACCAAAUUUACGAAGGCCUUAAACCCAGGGACAGAUAUGAUAAACAGCUGGACUACAGGUGGCCAAGUCGCAAUGACCAGUGGUGGGAGUGUAAGUUCCUGUCAGAAGGUAUAAUAGAUCAAGGGGGAGGGUUCAGAGACAGCCUGUCUGACAUGUCAGAUGAGUUAUGUCCUAGUGCCAGUGACGUCCCCGUUCCUUUGCCAUUUUUUAUUAGAUCACCAAAUCAGGCCCAAGAUGACUUGAAUGUAAAUCGUGAUGUGUAUAUUCCCAAUCCCUCCUGUCAGGAGUUGGCUAAGUAUCGCUGGAUAGGGAAGAUUAUGGGAGCUUGUCUCAGAGGGAAGGAAUCUUUGGUGCUCUCCUUGCCUCAGUUUAUCUGGAAAAAGUUAUCUGGUGAGACUGUCCACUGGUCCAGAGACUAUGUAACUGUGGAUGCUGCCGAGGUCCGUGUAUUAGAGACAAUGGAGACACUGGACCAGGAGACGUUUGAGGCUCACUUUGGUGAAGACAGGACAUGGACCACAGUGCUUAGUGAUGGGACACCACUACCUUUAAAAAGUGCCGAUUCUGACUCUGCAGUGCAAUAUGAAGACAGAGUGGAGUACAUUAAACUGGUGCAAGAAGCCAGGAUGAAUGAAUGUGAAGAACAGGUAGCAGCUCUGAGGGAAGGUUUGUUGAGUGUAGUGCCCCAGGCUGUGCUAGAUCUGUUAACAUGGCAAGAGUUGGAAAAGCGGAUAUGUGGAGACCCUGAAAUCACUGUGGAGGCUCUCAGGAAAACUACUCACUAUGAAGAUUUAGAACAAAAUGACUCUAGAGUGAAGUAUCUGUGGGAAGCCCUGGGAAAUUUCUCAAAUGAAGACAGAAGUAGAUUUCUGAGAUUUGUGACAGGCAGGCGGAGGCUACCAGCUCCACUCUAUGUCUGCCCAGAUAAAGGUGAAGCUGUAGAUGGUUUGCCAGAAUCUUCAACUUGCUCAAAUACUCUCUAUUUGCCAAAUUACUCCAGUGCAAAAAUUGCCGAAGAGAAGCUGAGAUACGCAUCAUAUAACUGUGUGGCCAUUGAUACAGAUAUGAGCCCUUGGGAUGAGUGAAUGACCAUUAAACUAACCAACACUAUGACUGAACAGCUACAUCAAUCACAUCAGACCUGGUUAUAAAUACUGGAUAUCAUUUAAACUGACCAGUGUAAUACUGCUAGCUGGAUAUAGAGGUCUGUGACUUGACCAAAAUAUGGACAGUGGAUUUAAAUAUUAGUGACCAUCUGUUAACGUUUCUAAAUGUUAGAUAUGUCAUUUACUGGUACCAGGUUACCCAUUGAUAUUAAGCUUAUUUAGCUUUCAUGUUCCAGUUGUACUGUAAGCUACUUCAGAGAGGCUUUUAAUCAGUGUCUUAAUAACUUUUCAUGUAAAGGGAUGAACUACGAGGAAUAAUGUGGAUAUUUGUCAAUUGUGCAAUAAUUACUAUCAAAACAUGGUGGAUUUUUAUACAGUGAAGGAAUAAUAGUAGCAUUCAGAUAGUUAUGUGUAUGUAUGUAUGUAUGUAUUACAUGCAGAUGACAAAGUAGAAGGAAAACUUGCCUAGUUAAAGUUAAGAGUUUCUUAUGCAUAUUGCAGAGGUUUAGGUAAUUGUCUGUAAAAAUUGUAAAUCAGAGACUACUGGUGUUAUAUAAUGUUGGGUGUUUUUAUGGUUUGGAUGGUUGACAUUUUGAUUGUGGCAUAAAAUGGAAAGAAUGUCCUGAAGCUUUUAACACAAGCAUAAUGAGUUAAUUCCCAAAGUUGUACAAAUUAUUUUAUGUCCUUUAUAAACAAGUUAAAUCAUAGUCUGUGAUUGAGGUAAUUCCAUUAGUUUGAAAAUUAUUUCUCUAGCAGACUAAUGAAGCUGAGUGUAUGCAAGUAUGCUUUUAGUCUCCUUAAAUUUUCUUAUGGAGUAACUGUGGCCUUUGAUACAAAUUGCAUGUAAAAUAUCCCUUUUUUAAGUCAGGCAUUAAUUUUCAUGACCAAAGCAUUAUUUGUCUUUACUUCAUACCAGUCUACAAGAACUCCUAUUCUGAUACUAACGCUGUAACUAUGAAAUCAUGUUAACCAUCAGUGUGUUGCAGAUUACUCUUCAUUAUUUGUGUUCCGUCUUCUGAUUAGACUCUUGAAUUUCUAAUAAUAAAUCUGUAUGCUGAACAGGCAUUUAACAAAAUAUGAUUUGAAUAAUGACUUUCUGACGUUAACCAGUUGGGUGAUCAGGCUCCCUGAUAACAUUUGCCAGCCAUCUUUACAAGUUCUUAAGUGUUUUCUGGGUAUCCUUCUGUAAUGAGAUUGUGAAUGAGAGACAGCAUAAGUAAUCCGACUUCUGCUUUGUUAUAUCUAGGUACAUAUACCAGCUCCUUUUACCUUAAAGCUCAAAGCCAAGUCCAGUUCGAAUGAGGUUAUCUGCUCCAUCAUCUAAUGAGGGCUAUCAAAACAUUAUCUCUGCUGAAUCAGGUUGUAAAAGUACAUGUUACAUAUCUCUGUGAAUGUGUUUGUUAUCAAAAUAGACAGUUUUUACAUGUAGCACAUUAAAAUUUGUACUCUAUGAUCUACAACCAUCAUAUGCUUUGUAUAGUUUUAUUUCCACAUUUUUGUGAAUAAUAACAAUGAAACCAGUUGGAUACCAUAAUUUAUAUUUGGUCAUAGUUUACAAAGAAAUUUGAACACAGCAAAUCUGAGAUUUUUUGUGGCAGUUUGUAAUAAACACGUAUUAUCUGUACAAUGUGUAGUAAAUUAUGACCAGGCUCUCAUACAGCAAAGAUAGAAGAAAAAAAAACAACCUUAAUUGAGGAGACACUAGUAAAUGAUAUGAAUCACAUCAUAAAGCAUAUCGUCCCCUUUUUUUUUCAUAAGGAUACAUCCAAUUGUGGGAGUUUUAAAGCUUUUAGUGAGGCAUGCUGCUUAUACCUUAAGGCUGUAUUCCCAGAGCUUUUAGAUCGACCUAUCCCGGCAGGGAGUCUCACUAGAUUACUGUCAGAUAAUCCGG